UUUUUGGUCUUUAUUUUUAUUUACCUCUAUUAUAACAGCUCGUUUUACCGCAUUUAUGUGAUAUUUCUUUUCGCAAAAUUGAAUCUUAAAGCUGUAGUUUAUCAUUGAAAGUGAAACAUAUCCUAAUGGCUUAUUCUACCUCGUGCUGUUAAAAGUCUAAUCGUAACUUAGUUCUUAGUUGCAAGAUAAACUUUAUUCAGAAUUCGUGAAACAGAUCUUAUCCUAAGUAGAAUAAACUACAGUUUUUGCCUUAUUUCUGCUACGCAUAACUAUACGUUUUUACAAAGGAAUUAUUUGAGUUUGCGCACUGGAGAAAUAGCAUACCUUUGAAUAUCAAUAACAAUGAAGUAUACAGAAUUAAACAUCGCUAUUUUAAAACGCGCAUGCGUUGUAAACGUACUAAAUAAAGAAGCAAAAAAAUCAUUACUAACAACCCAUUUUACUAGAUUCCUAGACAGCAUUGUACCUAGAGUUACGGGAUUCUACACUAAAACCAGCAUAAAAAAGUAUGUUUAUAUUGUUUGAACAUGGCGGUGUCUUUAGAAACUUUUGAAAGAUGCUGUCGACUUUGUGCAGAAGAACAAGAAGUAACAAUAAUGAUAUUUAGUGAAGAAGCUGAAGCUAUGCUACUUCAAAAUAAACUAAAUAAAUAUCUACUGAUUGAGGUGGAUGAAGAUGACAGGCUACCAAAAAACAUUUGCAUAAAGUGUUGUUCUAAGUUACAAACUGUGUGCGAGUUUAUUGACACAGCACGAAAAGCACAGGAUGUUUUACAGAAUAGGAGUCUUAUUCUAGAACAAAAUGUGGAUAAUAUUAAAAAUUCCAAAACCAAAAUAAAAGAGGAGACGGAUUGUAGUGAUGAGAUUAAAUUUACUUCUAUGGAAGUAAGCGUAGAUCCUAUGAUGGUCUUACAAAGCUCCGAAGAUUCUAUAUUACCUGAUGUUGAAGAUAAUUCAGAAUCCGUAGAACAAGAUGUCACAUACCUUCAUGGAGUGGAUGGUGAAGAUGUAACUAUAAAAUUGAUAAAGAAGGGAGACAAAUCCUGCGAUCCAAGUGACGAUAAAAAAGAUCUCUCAAAACCUUUUCAAUGUAAAACUUGCAACCGAGGAUUCUUUACUGAGUUAGCUUUAAAAAAUCAUUUCUGGACACAUUAUAAUGAUAAUAGAGUUAUCAAAUCGCAAAAGUGUGCUACGUGUGGAGAUACUUUUGAGUACAAAAGUGAACUAAUGUUGCAUUUAAAAAAACAUAGGACUGCAGGAAUGUGCAAAAUAUGUGGUAGAGUGUUCAGAACUGAAAGAAAUCUAGCUGCACACUUAGCAGCGCAUACAUCCUCUAGCAGUAAAUCAUACACUUGCAAAGUUUGUGGACGAUCCUACAAUACAAGCAGUAAUUUGAAAACUCACAGUGUAACUCAUAGUAGUGAAAGGCCAUACAAAUGUCCCUAUUGCAAGAAAUGUUUCAAACGUAACCAAGAUUUAAAGUUUCACAUCAACCAGCACACAGGUGCAAAGCCAUAUAAAUGUCCAUUCUGUGAAAAAAGCUUUGCAAGCUCUGGUAACUGUUACUCUCAUAAAAACAGAAUGCAUCCUGGCCGCAGGGUUGAAGGGAAGAAAAGGCGUCCUGUUGUUUCUCGUGAAAAUAAAUCCCUACAACUAGCAUCUCUUGUCCCAAAGGCUCCACUUACAUCUAUAAAAGCAUGCCUAAAAUACCAGUGCACACUGUGUGACCACAGUUUUGUUAGAAGGGAUAAUUAUACAUACCACAUGUAUCAGCAUACGGGAGAAAAGCCAUUUCAGUGUUCAUUCUGUAGUGAAAAAUUCGUAACUAGAAGAGGUCUUUUAUUGCACCAUGAUAAAACACAUCCUGGAAAAGAUCGUCCACUAGCAUUAUUAUCAAGAAAUGCUUUACUGAAAUAAAUGUUAUUAAGGCAAUUUUAAUCCAGCAAUUAAUUCGUUUAUAUAAAAUGCCUUGUUUAUUAAUAAAACAAAAUAUUUCGUAUUCAAACCGAUCUAUAAUGGGUAUGGAUAAUUGAGUUAACCUCUACAAUAGCAAUAAUUUACAGAAUUUUUCAACAAAAUCUUAUUUUCGUUAGUAUUAACUAAAUUACUAUCAACUAAUCUAAAGUUUUUAUUGACUACAGUUUUUAAAAAAAAUAAAUAAAAUUUUUAAUAAAAUUGAACAAAAUAUA